AUGCCCCCUGAGUCAUCUCACUCCGCUUCAUCUUCUCCUCUAUCGGGCCACAAAGAAGAUAGCGAGACAUCUGUGGACUCUUCCACGGAAGCCCCAAGAUCUGACGACUUCGCAUCCUCCAGAUUGUUGUUCAAGUUGGAGGAGCAUCCCGUAGACCAAGGCCAGGAUCUCAAAGUUGCAGUCAUAGGUGCCGGCAUAUCCGGAAUCACUGCUGGCGUGCUACUCCCUAUCAAAGUCCCUGGCAUCCAGCUCACCAUCAUAGAAAAGAACGCUGACGUUGGAGGCAAUUGGCUAGAAAACUCCUAUCCUGGCGUCCGAUGCGAUAUUCCCGCCCACGUGUACCAGUCCACCUUCGAGCCAAACAUAGCAUGGACCGAGGAGUACGCUCAAGGCUAUGAGAUCAGGGACUAUUGGCAACGAGUGGCACGUAAGUAUGGUGUGUACGAGCGGCUUCGCACUAAAACAAAAGUUAUUGCUGCCGUAUGGGACAAGGAAAGUGCGCAGUGGCAAUUGGAACUGGAAGAUCUGGUGGCUGGACGGAGCUACAGCGAAACAUUCGAUGUAGUGAUCGCGGCGAUAGGCCGAUUCAAUGCAUGGAGGCUACCUCAAUAUUCUGGGAUUGAGUCAUUUGCCGGUCCACUUCGUCAUGCAAGCAACUGGGAUCCUUACUUCGAUCCCAAAGGAAAGUCUGUUGCGGUCAUAGGGAACGGGGCGAGUGGUAUCCAAGUGACGACAAGUCUUCAGCCAAUCGUCAGCCGACUCGAUCACUACGCAAGAAGCCCCACUUGGAUUGCAGGUUCUUUUGCUGGAGAGGGAGACGGAAGAAAACUCGAGCCUAAUCAUUACUCGCCUGAGCUGUUACAGUCUUUUCAAGAUCCUGAGGUGUACCUUGACUUCCGCAGGAAAUUUGAAGAAAAGUUCUACGUAAGAUUUGACGCGAUUCUGAGAAACUCCAAGGCGAACCAAAAAUUGAAAGAAGAGUUCGUGGCAUCGAUGACGGAACGAAUCAAAGACAAACCUGGUCUACUUGAACAUAUCGUACCGGAUUUCUCGCCGAACUGUCGGCGACUUACCCCUGGGCCAGGCUACCUGGAAGCCUUGACUCAGCCGAAUCUUGACUUCAUCCGCAUACCAAUCACCCGAUUCACCAAAGAUGGAAUCGUGACAGCAGAUGGUGUUGAGCGGAAAGUCGACGCCGUCAUCUGCGCUACGGGAGCAAACAAAGACCUACUCCCACCAUUCCCCAUCACCGUUCCCGGAGUCGGCUCCUUACAAGACACAUGGACACCCAGCACCUACACAUACCUCGGUCUAGCAACUCCAUCCUUCCCAAACCUCCUGUUCAUCCAAGGACCCAACGCCACCGGCUUCAGCGGGACCGUGCCAAACCAGAUCGAGACGCAAGUGACCUACAUCGCCCAACUACUCCGCAAAGUCACACAACAGCGUCUCAAAACCUUCGUCCCUUCCAAAGCGGCGACCGACGAUUUUGUAGCCUACAGCGACGCUUUCUUCGCUCGCACCGUCUGGACAGAAGGAUGUAGCUCGUGGGCGAAAGGUGCGAAACCGGGUUCGAGGAUCCAUGGGCAUUGGCCGGGAAGUGCUUCGCAUCUGAAUUUCGUGAGGCGAAAUCCACGGUGGGAGGACUGGGAGUGGACGUAUAGGUCUAGUAGUGGGAAUCGGUUUGCUUAUUUUGGGAAUGGGAGGGUGGGGAGGGAAGAGAGGGAAGAUGGUGAUCCACCGCAUCCGGAUCUUGUGAGGUACUUGAAGCGGCCGGAUUUAAUCGAUUUGAGGAUUUAUCAUGAGGAGUGGUUUGAAGUCUAG